GUUCCUGCUUUCUCAAAAAAAAGUAGGAUUUUAAAGGGAAGAGGCGGAUGCGGUAAGUUGAUUAAUGCGUUUGUUUUUCAUUUACUUUCUGCACAAAGUAAGAUGGUAGGACAAACGUCACCAGCGACCUCAUUUGGAUAUGCACGAUACCGUUUUCAAAUAUAGUGGAUUCAACAUUUGCAUUUAAUUCAAAGCGCUGCAUUGUAGUAUAGUUUGAUUUGGUCUACUUCCCCCCCUUAAUUCGGAUAGGGAUACUUUAGUACGUCUUCCGGCUGCAAGUGCUCACAUUUUAUGGGUCUAAAGUCUGCUUUAGGUUGAGAACAAAUAUUGCUUCAAGAUCUGUUCCAUCUGAUACAAUAAACAGCUGUAUUCACCAUCCAAGUUUGGCUGUGGUUUUAAAGCUUUUAAUUUAGGACCAUGAAGCUGAUCAUCCUGAAUGAUUAUGACCAAGUUGGUGAGUGGGCUGCCAAAUACAUCAGGAAUAAAAUCCUUCGCUUCAACCCUGGACCAGACAGAUUCUUCAUUCUAGGACUCCCCACAGGUAAGCAAUCUGUUGAUUCUACAGGGCACGCCCUCCUUUCCAUUGUACAGGCAAUAUUGCAAUCAUAAUAAUCAUAUAUAUUUUUUUAAUGUUAAAUGUGUCUGUAUAAAGACAUCAACAUGUAUUUUUUGACGUGUAAAACUACAGGUAUUUUGAUGAAAAUGUCAAUAAUUUCUCCCCAAUGUACACCCCAGGAGGUACCCCUCUGGGAUGCUAUAAGAAGCUGAUUGAGUUUUAUAAGAAAGGAGAGAUCUCUUUCAAGUAUGUCAAAACGUUCAACAUGGACGAGUAUGUGGGUAUGCGUCACCUUUACAAUACUUCUCUAUUUAACCUUCUAUUUCUACACCAAACAUACAGUAGCAACAUUCUCACAGCACGAGAAGCUAUACAAAACUGUGAUCACUGCUUUUAAAAUCAUGCAGGUAUUCCUAGGAAUCACCCAGAGAGCUACCAUUCCUUCAUGUGGAAUAAUCUCUUCAAGCACAUUGACAUCAAAUCGGAGAACACCCAUAUUCUGGAUGGUAACGCUGCCAACCUUGUAGAGGAGUGUGAUUCCUUUGAGGAGAAGAUCAAAGCUGCUGGAGGAAUCGACCUCUUUGUUGGAGGUAGGUAGGGAGGAUAAUGAUAGGAUGGAAUUAAGUAUAUUGAUUCUAUUUACUCUAUUAUACAGUGCAUUCGGAAAGUAUUCAGACCCCUUGACUUUUUCCAAAUUGUGUUACUUUACAGCCUUAUUCUAAAAUUGAUUAGAUACUUUUUUUCCUCCUUCAAUCUACCUACAAUACCCCAUAAUGACAAAACAAAAACAGGUUUUCAGAAAUGUUUGCAAAUGUGUAUAUAUAUAUAUUUAAAAAAACGGAAAUACCUUAUUUACAAACAGUACCAGUCAAAAGUUUGGACACACCUACUAAUUCCAGGGUUUUUCUUUAUUUUUACUAUUUUCUACAUUGUAGAAUAAUAGUGAAGACAUCAAAACUAUGAAAUAACACAUAUGGAAUCAUGUAGUAACCAAAAAAGUGUUAAACAAAUCAAAAUAUAUUUUACAUUUGAGAUUCUUCAAAGUAGCCACCCUUUGCCUUGAUGACAGCUUUGCACACUCUUGGCAUUCUCUCAACCAGCUUCAUGAGGAUGCGUGCUCAGCCCCCUCCUGUACUCCCUGUUCACCCAUGACUGCGUGGCCAAGCACGCCUCCAACUCAAUCAUCAAGUUUGCAGACGACACAACAGUAGUAGGCUUGAUUACCAACAAUGACGAGACCGCCUACAGGGAGGAGGUGAGGGCUCUGGGAGUGUGGUGCCAGGAAAAUAACCUCUCACUCAACGUCAACAAAACAAAGGAGAUGAUCGUGGACUUCAGGAAACAGCAGAGGGUGCACCCCCCUAUCCACAUCGACGGGACCGCAGUGGAGAAGGUGGAAAGCUUCAAGUUCCUUGGUGUACACAUCACUGACAAACUGAAAUGGGCCACCCACGCAGACAGUGUGGUGAAGAAGGCGCAACAGAGCCUCUUCAACCUCAGGAGGCUGAAGAAAUUUGGCCUGGCACCUAAAACCCUCACAAACUUUUACAGAUGCACAAUUGAGAGCAUCCUGUCGGGCUGUAUCACCGCCUGGUACGGCGACUGUUAAAUAGCCAUCACUAGCAUAUUAGAGGCUGCUGCUGCCUAUUGAAAUCACUGGCCACUUUAAGAAAUGGAACACUAGUCACUUUAAUAAUAAAAAAUAAAAAAUAAUAAUGUUUACAUAUCUUGCACUACUCAUCUCAUAUGUAUAUACUGUAUUAUAUUAUAUAAUAUUCUACUGUAUCUUAGUCCAUGCCGCUCUGUUAUUGCUUGUCCAUAUAUGUAUAUAUUCUUAAAUUCCAUUCCUUACUAGAUUUGUGUGUAUUGGGUAUAUGUUGUGAAAUUGUUAGAUAUUACUUGUUAGAUAUUACUGCUAGAGGCACAAGCAUUUCGCUACGCCCACAAUAACAUCUGCUAAACACGUGUAUGUGACAAAUAAGAUUUGAUUUGAUUUGAGGUAGUCAACUGGAAUGCAUUUCAAUUAACAGGUGUGCCUUCUUCAAAGGCAAUUUGUGGAAUUUCUUUCCUUCUUAAUGCGUUUGAGCCAAUCAGUUGUGUUGUGACAAGGUAAGGAUGGUAUACAGAAGAUAGCCCUAUUUGGUAAAAGACCAAGUCCAUAUUAUGGCAAGAACAGCUCAAAUAAGCAAAGAGAAAUGACAGUCCCAUCAUUGCUUUAAGACAUGAAGGUCAGUCAAUCUGGAAAAUGUCAAGAACUUUGAACGUUUCUUCAAGUGCAGUCGCAAAAACCAUCAAGCACUAUGAUGAAACUGGCUCUCAUGAGGACCGCCACAGGAAAGGAAGACCCAGAGUUACCUCUGCUGCAAAGGAUAAGUUCAUUAGAGUUAACUGCACCUCAGAUUGCAGCCCAAAUAAAUGCUUCACAGAGUUCAAGUAACAGACACAUCUCAACAUCAACUAUUCAGAGGAGACUGCGUGAAUCAGGCCUUCAUGGUCGAAUUGCUGCAAAGAAACCACUACUAAAGGACACCAAUAAAAAGAAGAGACUUGCUUGGGCCAAGAAACAUGAGCAAUGGACAUUAGACCGGUAUAAAUCUGUCCUUUAGUCUGAUGAGUCCACAUUUGAGAUUUUUGGUUCCAACCGCCGUGUCUUUGAGAGACGCAGAGAAGGUGAACGGAUGAUCUCCGCAUGUGUGGUUCCCACAGUGAAGCAUGGAGGAGAUGUGAUGGUGUGCGGGUGCUUUGCUGGUGACACCGUCAGUGAUUUAUUUAGAAUUCAAGGCCCACUUAACCAGCAUGGCUACCACAGCAUUCUGCAGUGAUACGCCAUCCCAUCUGGUUUGGGCUUAGUGGGACUAUCAUUUCUUUUUCAACAGGACAAUGACCCAACACACCUCCAGGCUGUGUAAGGGCUAUUUUACCAAGAAGGAGAGUGAUGGAGUGCUGCAUCAGAUGACCUGGCCUCCAUAAUCCCCCGACCUCAACCAAAUUGAGAUGGUUUGGGAUGAGUCGGACGGCAGAGUGAAGGAAAAGCAGCCAACAAGUGCUCAGCAUGUGUGGGAACUCCUUCAAGACUGUUGGAAAAGCAUUCCAGGUGAAGCUGGUUGAGAGAAUGCCAAGAGUGUGCAAAGCUGUCAUCAAGGUAAAGGGUGGCUAUUUGAAGAAUCUCAAAUAUAAAAUAUAUUUUGAUUUGUUUAACACUUUUUUUGGUUACUACAUGAUUCCAUAUGUGUUAUUUCAUGGUUUUGAUGUCUUCAUUAUUAUUCUACAUUGUAGAAAAUAGUAAAAAUAUAGAAAAACCCUUGAAUGAGUAGGUGUUCUAAAACUUUUCACCGGUAGUGUAUGUGUGUAGAUUGAUGAGGGGAAAAAAAACGAUUUAAUCCAUUUUAGAAUAAGGCUGUAACGUAACAAAAUGUGGAAAUAGUCAAUGACCUGUAUUCUAACACUGCUGUGGCAAUUUACGUCUUUGUUGGAGGUAGGGAGGAUACCAGUGAUGGUGCCAAAUGACACAAUAGCAACUGCUCAAUCAAACAGGCAGACACACCCAUGCUAGAUUUAUAUUUCAAGUUUAUAGUCUUGUUCUAACAGAUAUGUCAUUGUUACAACAGAUAAGAUAAUGUUUUAUAUUGUGGGGCACACACUUUUUCAAUGACAUCAUUGAAUAAGAUGAUAAACACAACAAGCACAAACCAGUUCAGAAAACAACAGACUUUGAAACAUCAAUACCAAAAUCCAACAAAUGUAACCCACCCUGUCUGUUAGGUAUUGGACCGGAUGGCCACAUUGCCUUCAACGAGCCAGGCUCCAGCCUGUUGUCCAGGACCAGAGUGAAGACCCUGGCUCAGGACACCAUCCUGGCCAACGCACGCUUCUUUGACGGAGAUCUGUCUAAAGUACCCACCAUGGCUCUGACUGUGGGAGUGGCCACUGUCAUGGACGCCAGAGAGGUUAGAGCUGAUUUCAAGAUGUCUGUCUCUGCCUUAUGGUUCAGGUCUGUCUUCUCUUGGAACGUAUUUUGCAUGGACAACUGGCCCCCUUAAAGCGCCUAUACUUAUUAAAUGAUGAUAUAAUGAGGCUGUUACACAUAGCCUUAUGAUUUCCCCCAAAUCCUUUUACUGCUGCUUUGUUGUAAUACCAGUCAAAACAAUGUAAAUCUGUCGAUGUGCCCUUAAGCAAGGCACUUAACCAUAAUUGCUCAUGUAAGUCGCUCUGGAUAAGAGCGUCUGCUAAAUGACUAAAAAAAUAAAAAUAAAAUGUAAUGACAGUCUAUAAUCAUGUAAUAACAGUUUAUAACCAUGUAAUACCAGUCUAUAACAUGUAAUACCAGUCUAUAACAUGUAAUGACAGUUUAUAGGAUGGUAAUAACACGUUAUCUCCUUAAUGUCUCCAGGUCAUGAUUCUCAUCACUGGAGCACACAAAGCGUUUGCCCUGUACAAGGCCAUAGAGGAAGGGGUGAACCACAUGUGGACGGUUGUCAGCCUUUCAGCAGCACCCCCAGACUGUGUUUGUGUGUGACGAGGACGCUACCCUGGAACUGAGGGUUAAAACUGUCAAGUACUUCCAAGGUGAGGGUCUACUUACUUACUAAAGGACUUGGUCCUCCAAGUUCAUUCCAUGAUUGUGCUGCUCGCAUGGCUUAUGAACUAGUGCUUCAGUUUCCAAAUUCAGUGUGUUUUGUUUUUAUUAUUGGCCUGGGAGGGAUAAAGUAUUUUCUUCAAUAAAAAACAUAAUUGUGAAUAAAGUGGAAAUCUAACUCACUUGACCUAUUGUUAUUUCUCCUUGACAGGGAUGAUGCAUGUGCACAACAAGUUGGUGGAUCCACUGCCUCCCAAGUAAGAUGAGGGAGUUGCAAAAACAUCUGGAAACCUGCAAUAACCAGGAUAACUGAUGCCGGAUCCUCCUGGAUAUGACAGCGGCCAAAGGGUGGAUGAUCAAUUGUGUGUGUUGUACUGUGGUUUAAGUCAAGUUACAUUUUAUGUAACAUAAUAGUAAGCCUAAUUGUAGUAGGCUACAUUAAGCACAUUGAUUAUGUAAUACAUUUAUCUUAGAUAGAACAGGUUUCUUAGCUACAUUGUUAAAUUUGAUACAAACUUGUUUUUGAAUGUAUUUCAAUGAGAGUUAUUGUAAUAAAACGACUUUGAGAAUGAAUGUGUAUUUGUUAUAUAUUCGUUACAUUGUAGCUCGGUGCGUAACGGGUAGCGUUUUGAUUUCCUGACGGUUGGACUGGGUCACAUGACAGAGCAAGGGGAGGAACAACACACCAGACUUGGAAGGAAGAGGAGGUGGCGGGGCUGUUUCAAGUGGUAGCGUAUCAAUAUUAUAUUCAGCUCACAGUUUGCCAAACAAGUGAUCAUUUUCAAACACUCAACGUCCAUCCAGGAUGGCCGAGCAAAUCAGCAACGUUAGAUAUCAGGAGGUAAGUAAAAAAAAAAAAAAAAAAAAAAGACAACCAAUAAAAUUAGCUAACGGCUAAGCUAAACUAGCCAGCAUUGGAAAACGAAACGUCGUUAUGAUUUCGGGCCCAGUUUAGCUAACGUAAUAGCUCAUUAUGUCUUCAAAAUUUAACUUGACAGUUACGGUAACACGUUAACUUGCUACCUCGUUUAUGAUGGUUAAGUGUAGCUAGCUAGUGUAACUGAUUUAGCUAACUAACUACAAGGGACGGGCCAAAGGCCCAUUUGUUAUGACCACCCAACUGUUGACAUGUCCCACCCACAUAGGCCGUUGAAAAGCGAAUCCGUGGAAUAUGUUGUUGCAGCUAACAUAAACUAGAUACUGGUAGUUAUUUAGUUAACUAAAUACCUAGCUAGCUACCAUAAUCAUAAUGAUAUUGAAAUCUAUCACGAUUGCACAAGAACCCACUAGCGCUAACUAGUAGGCCUACAUUCAUUGAUAGUUGUAGACAACCAAUCUGAGACUAAUGCCAGAGAGGUAUACGGCAAAGCAGGAUCAAUUAGUUAGACAGCUAACUCACCUAAAUAUUCUGAAAUAAGAUUUUUUUCGAGAAAAGCUUGAAAUGGGCAUGGUCUAAUUGAUUCAACAACCGAAAACGCAUCCAGUGCCUUCAGAAAGUAUUCACACCCCUUUACUUUUUCAACAUUUGGUUGUUACAAAGUGGGAAUAAACAUUUUUGUCAAUGAAAAAUACUCUACACAAAAUACUCUGUCAAAGUGGAAGAAAAAUUCUGACAUUUGUAAAAAAUAAAAUAAAUAAAAAGAAUACACAUCUUGAUUAGAUAAGUAUUCAACCCCCUGAGUCAAUACGUGUUAGAAUCACUUUGGCAGUGAUUACAGCUGUAACUCUUUCUGGGUAAGUCUCUAAGACCUUUCCACACCUGGAUUGUACAAUAUUUGCCCAUUAUUAACAUUCUUCAAGCUCUUUUCAAAUUGGUUCUUGAUCAUCGCUAGACAGCUAUUUUCAAGUCUUGACAUACAGUGGGGAGAACAAGUAUUUGAUACACUGCCGAUUUUUGCAGGUUUUCCUACUUACAAAGCAUGUAGAGGUCUGUAAUUUUUUAUCAUAUGUACACUUCAACUGUGAGAGACGGAAUCUAAAACAAAAAUCCAGAAAAUCACAUUGUAUGAUUUUUAAGUAAUUCAUUUGCAUUUUAUUGCAUGACAUAAUUGUUUGAUCACCUACCAACCAGUAAGAAUUCCGGCUCUCACAGACCUGUUAGUUUUUCUUUAAGAAGCCCUCCUGUUCUCCACUCAUUACCUGUAUUAACUGCACCUGUUUGAACUCAUUACCUGUAUAAAAGACACCUGUCCACACACUCAAUCAAACAGACUCCAACCGCUCCACAAUGGCCAAGACCAGAGAGCUGUGUAAGUAUGUGGUCCUCUGUAGCUCAGCUGGUAGAGCACGGCGCUUGUAACGCCAAGGUAGUGGGUUCGAUCCCCGGGACCACCCAUACACAAAAAUGUAUGCACGCAUGACUGUAAGUCGCUUUGGAUAAAAGCGUCUGCUAAAUGGCAUAUUAUUAUUAUUAUUACAUCAGGGAUAAAAUUGUAGACCUGCACAAGGCUGGGAUGGGCUACAGGACAAUAGGCAAGCAGCUUGGUGAGAAGGCAACAACUGUUGGCGUAAUUAUUAGAAAAUGGAAGAAGUUCAAGAUGAUGGUCAAUCACCCUCGGUCUGGGGCUCCAUGCAAGAUCUCACCUCGUGGGGCAUCAAUGAUCAUGAGGAAGGUGAGGGAUCAGCCCAGAACUACACGGCAGGACCUGGUCAAUGACCUGAAGAGAGCUGGGAACCACAGUCUCAAAGAAAACCAUUAGUAACACACUACGCCGUCAUGGAUUAAAAUCCUGCAGCGCACGCAAGGUCCCCCUGCUCAAGCCAGUGCAUGUUCAGGCCCGUCUGAAGUUUGCCAAUGACCAUCUGGAUGAUCCAGAGGAGGAAUGGGAGAAGGUCAUGUGGUCUGAUGAGACAAAAAUAGAGCUUUUUGGUCUAAACUCCAAUCGCUGUGUUUGGAGGAAGAAGAAGGAUGAGUACAACCCCAAGAACACCAUCCCAACCGUGAAGCAUGGAGGUGGAAACAUCAUUCUUUGGGGAUGCUUUUCUGCAAAGGGGACAGGACGACUGCACCGUAUUGAGGGGAGGAUGGAUGGGGCCAUGUAUCACGAGAUCUUGGCCAACAACCUCCUUCCCUCAGUAAGAGCAUUGAAGAUGGGUCGUGGCUGGGUCUUCCAGCAUGACAACGACCUGAAACACACAGCCAGGGCAACUAAGGAGUGGCUCCGUAAGAAGCAUCUCAAGGUCCUGGAGUGGCCUAGCCAGUCUCCAGACCUGAACCCAAUAGAAAAUCUUUGGAGGGCGCUGAAAGUCCGUAUUGCCCAGCGACAGCCCCGAAACCUGAAGGAUCUGGAGAAGGUCUGUAUGGAGUGGGCCAAAAUCCCUUCUGCAGAGUGUGCAAACCUGACCAAGACCUACAGGAAACAUAUGAUCUCUGUAAUUGCAAACAAAGGUUUCUGUACCAAAUGUUAUGUUCUGCUUUUCUGAUGUAUCAAAUAGUUAUGUCAUGCAAUAAAAUGCAAAUGAAUUACUUAAAAAUCAUACAAUGUGAUUUUCUGGAUUUUUGUUUUAGAUUCCGUCUCUCACAGUUGAAGUGUACCUAUGAUAAAAAUUACAGACCUAUACAUGCUUUGUAAGUAGGAAAACCUGCAAAAUCGGCAGUGUAUCAAAUACUUGUUCUCCCCACUGUAGAUUUAAGUCAAAACUGUAAAUAGGCCACUCCGUAACAUUCCAAGUCGACAUGUUAAGCAACUCCAGUGUAUAUUUGGCCAUGUGUUUUAGGUUAUUGUCCUGCUGAAAGGUGAAUUUGUCUCCCAGGGUCUGUUGGAAAGCAGACUGAACCAGGUUUUCCUCUAGGAUUUUGCUUGUGUUUAGCUCUAUUCCGUUUCAUUUUAUCAUUAAAAAAAACUCCCUAGUCCUUGCUGAUGACAAGAAUACUCAUAACGAGAUGCAGCCACCACCAUGCUUGGAAAUAUGAAGAGUGGUACUCAGUGAUGUGUUGUGUUGGAUUUGCCCCAAACAUGACGCUUUUAUUCAGGACAUAAAGUUCAUUUCUUUGCCAUUUUUCUUUUUCUUCAAUUUUAGCCUUUAGUGCCUUGUUGCAAACAGGAUGCCUGUUUUGGAAUAUUUCUUAUUCUGUACAGGCUUCCUUCUUUUCACUCUGUCAAUUAGGUAAGUAUUGUAGAGUAACUACAAUGUUGUUGAUCCAUCCUCAGUUUUCUCCUAUCACAGCCAUUAAACUCUGUAACUGUUUUAAAGUCACCAUUGGCCUCAUGGUGAAAUCCCUGAGCGGUUUCCUUCCUCUCCAGCAACUGAGUUAGGAAGGACGCCUGUAUCUUUGUAGUAUACCCCUCAGGUAUCAAAGGUUCCUGUCAUGUCACUGAUGGGGUGUUGCCAGUCAACUUGACUGACUACGAAAUAGAUGAAUGGUUGCAUUCAUGCAUUUUCUGGUAUAAGCACAGAAGCAGCUAGCUAAAUGACUCUCUCAGCAUAGGCCACGGCCAGAAUAGUGCAACAGCAGCGUCAUCCCACUGACCGUGUGUUGCUCUGGCCCAUUCCUCCAGCUGUUGAAUGAGGAGGAGCCAGCAGUAGCCCAGCCCCCCCAGCAGGAAGCAGCUGUCCUGGAUGCCCCUCCCCCCUACAGCAGCAUCUCAGCUGCCAACGCAGGUAAUUGGCCUCUGUCCGUCCAUAGCACUACACACAGUAACUGGCAAAAUAUUGACUCAUCUCAUAUGGGGGUCGAGGACGGUUUCAGAUGCAAGUCAGGAAUAUAAUAUUUAUAAUAUGGUUAUACUAGUGCUCAGAAGAAAAGGCUACGGUGCAAAGCUGUGGUGUUGGGUGAGCUCUCAACCUUCACCUUGCUACUAGCCAUCAGUGAUGUGCUGUGUCACUCACGUUUUGUUUUCUGCACCUUUCCAUUUCCCCUCCAGCGUUCUUUGACUCCAAGGAGGAUGCAGGCAGGUUCCCCAACCCCCCGUCCUACAACGUGGCUACCACACUGCCCUCCUAUGAUGAAGCAGAGAGGACCAAAGCUGAGACUGGCGUGCCUCUGGUCCCUGGCAGGGUCGUGGUAUGUGUGUCCUCCUUUCACAGCGAUAUUUAUUAAUUCAUUCAUUGUUCAGGUAUUGAUAACUCUCCAGAAUCUCUUACACUAGUCUUUUUCAUUGUGAGCUCCUACAUCCUAAAUAAACACUUUUGGACCAUCAUCAUUGGAAGAUGUCUGGAAAUGUCUCACAAUCAAAACAUAAAUGUCCUAUUUUUUCUUUCAGGAGGAUGACUUUGACGAUGCUGACCAGCUGCGGAUAGGGAAUGAUGGCAUCUUCAUGCUCACCUUCUUCAGUAAGUCUUCUCUCUGUUUCCUGUACAGUGUAGUGAUUGUUAUGGGUCUGUCUGCAUCUCACGGGUACACUAAACUAAGCAACUGCAUUGUGUGUCAUAAGCCAGGGCCAGGGCCAGGGAGUAGGUUUGUGAUAUUAGAAAAGCUGUUGUAUAAUCUUCCACAAAGCAUCAUGGUCUAUGUGUGGUGAACAGCAAGCAUGUUAACUAAUGUGCCACUUCUCAUUGGUGGUCUAUGAUAGAUUGAUUGGUUGAUUGAUUGAUUGUCCUCUCUUCUCUCCAGUGGCAUUCCUGUUCAACUGGAUUGGUUUCUUCCUGUCCUUCUGUCUGACUACUUCUGCUGCCGGCCGCUACGGAGCCAUCUCUGGGUUUGGCCUGUCUCUCAUCAAAUGGGUUCUCAUAGUCAGGGUAAGAUCAACACACGACACCUCACUGUUCUUUACAACACUGGUCCUGGAGUGCUACGGGGAGUUCAGGCUUUUGUUCCAGCCCAGCCCUAAAUUCUUUGGAAUGUUACUGUGUGUACGACUGGUGCCCCUAAUGUUAUUCUACUGUCUUUUGAACGUUCCAGUUUUCCACCUACUUCCCUGGCUACUUUGAUGGGCAGUACUGGCUGUGGUGGGUGUUCCUGGCUUUGGGUAAGUGGAGCUGAAGUCUGAGCUGUAUUUUAAUGAAUUAAUGUGUAUGAAAUGUGUGAAAGAUCAUCGUGGAAUGGAUGCUCUUGUCUUUUUGUUUUGACUCCAGGCUUCAUGCUGUUCGUCAGAGGGUUUGUCAACUACUCCCGGGUUCGCAAAAUGGCCGACCCCACUUACGCCACACUGCCCCGAACAAGAGUCCUGUUCAUCUACUGAAGGUAAGGCCCUAAUUCACACAGCAUUCCUUAGUUACAGCAGAAUAAGACCUUAUCAAAUCAUAAGCUUGGUCCUUUAUUAAGAAAUACAAGUAUUAGUACUGGUAAUCUACCAAAUCAUAUAGAUUUUCUCCACUCACUAGUUUCCUUCCAAUGUAGUCUGGUUCCAUGUAAAUAUACCAUAGACAAACGUGAUCCAUAGUAAAGCACCCGUCCUCCUACAGAGAUACUGAUCUCCACCGUAAACUUAUCUCCUGUUUACUUUUCACACAGCUGGUUUUUGAAUAAACAAACCGUCCCUGGAUAAAUAAUCCUGGAUGUUUGAAAAGCAUCACACCGACAAAAAGCAACAAAACUACAAAAGUCUAAAACCAAACUACUCCGAUUACCCAUCACCACGUGGCCCAUCACC